AAACGAGGUUUCACUGUUAUUCUUGCGUUCACAUGGCAGCAGGGAGGCGCUGUGUCGUUCGCUCGCGUGAAGUUUGAAAUACAGUUAAAAAAGAGAAAAUUUACCAUCUAGUGUGUUCCAGUGCAUUGAUUGAAGCAGAUGUAAAUGUGUUCAUUCUGUGCAUAGGAGAAUAUCAUCCUAGUAGUAUGUGAAUGUGUGAAUGUUACUUCUGGCCACGAAUAAGCAGCUGGGAAGGAAAAGCGCUUCUCUUCGUUGCUUUAUCUGGCCGGAAAAUACCUCGAACCAGCGAGAGAGAGAGAGAGAGAGAGAAAGAGAGUUAAAGUGCGAGAAGUAGAAAAGUGUAAAUUGUAACCCAAAGUGAAAAGAAAGAAAUUGCAAAGCAAGCCAAGCCGCAGCCCCAGCCAGGGCUGAGAAUCAUCGACGCAAAUUCGACGCGAGAAUCUAAAGGUAACCUACCACUCAAGACUAAGAUAUCCUCAAGGGUGUAAGAUCACAUUAGGGAGUCCAAAAUCCUCUCAAAUCCCACCAUCAUACGCGGAAGAAGCAAAAUAUCUGCCCUUGCUUACUAGCUUAUUUGGUUGCGAUCUCAGCUCGCGGGGCACUAUACUAACGCAUUCAUCGAUUCGUCCUUCCGCGUUGAGCAUACCGCCAAACGAGAUCCGCCUCCAUGAAGCAUCAGAGGCUAGAAAAUGGUACGCGAGACUCGACAUCUGUGGGUUGGCAACUUACCCGAAACGGUACGAGAGGACAAGCUAAGGGAACAUUUUAAAAGAUCGACGAUCAGCAGCCAUCCACGGUUAUCGUCUGGGAGUGGAAGUAGCGGUUGGUUCAACGGGGGAACGACCAACAACAACAACGAUAAGAGCCCAACUUCCUCCCAUCAGCAUCCAUCCGGUUCGAUAGCCCCCUCGCAGUUGCAGGACAUUAGAAUAGGAGUCGGGCAUAACAACAGUGUAAACAGCAUCAAUAACAACAACAACAAUAACAACUAUGAUGGAUAUGCUGUAAAGCAGCAGAAGUCGCAACAAUCACUCCCGAAGUCUCAUCGAACCGGUUCGGAGUCGGAAUCGCUAAACGAUCCGCACCCACACCACCACUCCAACAACCUCAGCAGCCACAACCACCACCCUCUCAAUCAACUGCAAUAUCAUCAUCACCCACUGUCACGGAAUUCGUCGCCAGUGCUGUCCUCCAAUCCAACAUUGCACGGUCAUUAUCAGUCGCCUAAUCAUCACCAUCUACUGAAUAGUAGUGGAAGUAGCAGUGCUAGCGGUGGUGAUCGGGCACAUCUUCUCCAGCAGCAGCUGCAGCACCAUCAGAACCACCGGCAUCAGCGGUCCGCGUCACGUUCGCGAUCACGUUCGCCCAGCAGUAGAUCGUCUUCUUGUUCCUCCUCGACGCACAGUAGUGGCGGCGGGGCACCGAACCAUUCUGGGGAAGCUGGCACGACGACGAACCUCUCGGGACGCAGCAGUGGCAGCGGCAGCGGCAGCGGUAGUAGUAGUGGUACCGGAGGAGCAUCAUCGGUUGGACUGCUGCCCUCGCUGCCGACGCCCUAUGGCCGCGGCGAUACUGCUGCAAACUGCUCGCCACCAUCUCCUUCGACAACUGCAGCACUAAGCGUUGGACGGACUCUGCUACAAUCCGCCAUUUCCACGGCCGCUGCAGUAGCCGCAGCAGCAGCAGCAGCCGCCGCAGCAGCAGCAGCCGCAACAACAGCGCCUGCAGCAACAACAUUGCCAGCAGCAACGCACCUGGAGAGCAGCGGCAGCCACAGCGGCUGUGGCGACGGCCCGGACGGCGGUAACGCUAAUAAUGCAGCUAACGGCUCAGGCAAUCAAGGCAGAAGCAGUAGUAGCAGCAGCAGUAGCAGCAGCAGCAGCAGUUCCAGUAGCACCAGUUCCAGACACAGUUUUAGCGGUGCACCUGUUGGCGGUGGUGGAGGCGGAGGGGGUGCAUCGAGCACUAGCGUCACAACGACGUCGUCGACCGCUGGUGGAGCAGCAGCAGCAACAGCAUCUGCGGCAGCUCCAAUCAGUAGCGGCGGUGGAGGAGUCGGCGGCGGCGGCGGCGGAGGAGCCGGAGGAGGUGGCGGUGGAAGUGCGGGAGGAACAGGCAGUGGAGCAGCAGCAGUGCUCAGUAACGGGAGCAGCACUGUCGGUGGGAGCGCGAGCUUGAUCAAUUGUCAUUCGGACGACAACCGUCCGCUGGCGAUUUGCGUCCGAAAUUUGCCUGCCCGCUCGUCCGACACCUCACUCAAAGAUGGCUUGUUCCACGAGUACAAGAAGCACGGGAAAGUGACCUGGGUGAAGGUGGUCGGCCAAAGCACCGACCGGUACGCGCUCGUCUGCUUCAAGAAACCGGAAGAUGUCGACAAGGCGCUGGAAGUGUCCCACGAUAAGCUGUUCUUCGGCUGCAAGAUAGAGGUGGCACCGUACGCGGGCUACUACGACGUGGACGACAACGAGUUCCGGCCGUACGAGGCGGAGCUGGACGAGUAUCAUCCGAAGUCGACGCGGACGCUGUUUGUCGGCAAUCUCGAGAAGGACAUUACCGGGAGUGAGUUGCGCAAACAUUUCGAGUGUUUUGGUGAAAUCAUAGAGAUAGACAUCAAGAAGCAGGGUGUGAGCGCGUACGCGUUCUGUCAAUAUUCGGACAUAGUGAGUGUAGUGAAAGCGAUACGGAAGAUGGACGGUGAGCAUCUUGGCAACAAUCGCAUCAAGCUCGGGUUCGGCAAAUCGAUGCCAACUAACUGUGUGUGGCUGGAUGGGGUCUCGGACAGUGCAAGCGAGAACUAUCUGGCAUCGCAGUUCAAUCACUUCGGCACGGUGUCGCAGGUGAGCGUGGACCGGGACCGCAAGCUAGCGCUUAUUUACUACGAGCAAGUGCAGCAGGCGCAGGCGGCAGUGAAAGAGAUGCGCGGUGUGAUGUUGCGCGGCCGCAAGCUGCAGGUGGACUUUGCAUCUCGGGAGUGUCAGGAGGCGUUUUUCGAUAAGUUAGAUAAGCAACAAUCCGGGGGCAGUAUAUCGUCGUCGUUCGGAUCGCCCCGCUUCGGUGGCGUUACAGGAAUCGCUGGAGGCGCUAGUAAUAAUAGUAGUGUUAGUGGAAAUGUUAGUAAUAGUAACAGCGGCACCGGUGGUGGCACCAACAGUGCGAGCGUCAACAACAGUAGCAGUAGCAGUGGGAGCAAUAGCAACAGCAAUAUUUCGAUCCGCAACCGAUCCGGUGCGCCGUUCAGCCGUCCAGGCAAUCCGCUUAGUGGCAGAGGCGGGAGCGACACUACCGGGUCUGCUGUGAAUGCUAGCGUCGUCGGUGGAGGCGCCUCGCCUCGCGUUGACCCACUAACACUGGCGUCGCCCGCUUCGGCAGCGGUGGCCGCCGCCGCAUCGUCUGCAGCGGCCGGCGGUGGUGCUGGCGCCGGUAGUGUUAGUUCGCGGGGCGGUAACAGUGGGUCGUUAGGAGGUGGUGUUGGUGGUUCGUCGCGAUCACGAAACGUGAGAUACUCGAGCGAAGACUACUAUUCGGAAGGUGGUGGUGGUGGUGGUAGUGGUGAUAGGAGGUUUCGUAGCUACGACGAAUACAGUCAAGGAUCGGCCACCAGCUCGACGCACGAGGAUGAGCGGUACGAUCAUCACGAGCAUAAUAACGGCAGUGGUGGCAACAAUAAUGCCGGUACCACCGCUAGUAGUGCGCACGGUGGAUCCUCGAACGCAGGCUACAGUCGGAGUAGUAGCCUCAUCGAUCGAUUGUCCGGAGCUCACCAUCAUCACCACCACCAUAAUUCAUCAUCUUCCGACUCUCCACCCUCUUCGGCUACACCCUUGCCCGGUGGUAGCACUAUGGGUGCAGGAGCAGGAAGUAGCUGUUUGUCAUCCUCGAUACAAUCCCGCCUAGGUGGCGACGUUGAUCUAUCACCUUCGUCUACCGGUAGUAGUAUACGGAAACGCAGCGAGAAAAGCACAGGUGGCGACAGUAGCAACAUGCGUUAUCUGCAGAAGGAGCGUGUACAUAUAUUAGAACAGCUAGAAGAAUGCCCGUCCAGUGGCGAUGAGUUGGUGAGCCCGAAGAAGCGUAUCAAAUACAAUUCCGACGGACACCAUCAUCACCAUCAUCAUCACCAUCAUCACGGCAGUGAUUCCGAUCGAGAUCGCGAUCAUCAUCGCGAUCACCGUGAUCUUCGUGAUCCGUCACCUGGAACACCUGUUGCGGGUGGCGUCGGUGGUGGCCUAACUGCAUUAAACAGCAACAGUAGUAGCAGUAAUAGCUUGCAUCACUAUAACAGUCACCACCACCAUCACCAUCACCACCACGGCAACAACAACAGCGAUGGUGGAGGUAUAGGCGGCGGCAUUGGCGGAUCCUCCAUCAGUGGCAUUCAGUCAUCGUCCGCACUGACGCAUCGGAAAUCGAUGGAAGUACGUCGGCUGUCCGAGUGCAAUCUGCAAACAUCGAAGCAAUCGUCCUCGGCGUUGACUAUUGCAGGAGCUGGUGGUAGCCAUAGCAGGAGACCGUCCACCGAGAGCACAUCGUUACACCAGCGUCACGGUAGCAGCGGUAGCAGUAGCGGUAUCAGUGCUUCCAUUUCGCAACAAUCACACCUAGAGGGCGGUAGCAGCAAUCACUCGCUAUACUCGCAUCACUUGAGCAAACGGCGAAAAAUGAUUGCUGUCGAUGGUGGUAGCAGCGGCCUGCACACCGCAUCAUCCGGUGCGACAGCGAACGGUGGUGGUGGUGCAGGCAACAGUAACAAUGCUAGCAGCGGAGGAGCAGGAUCGUCAGCAGGAAGCGGAGGAGCGAGUAGUUUGACAACGUCGAACGAGCACCACCAUUCAUCGCGGGGUCGUGGCCACCAGCUACACUCGAUACAUUCUCAUGAGGCUAGUGGAGGGGAGAGUGCGGACGGUUCGCGACCCGGCACUCCGCUGUGCGACGAACGGCCGGAGAACCUGUUGCCUAGUGAACCGCGCCGUAUUCCGACGGGGCGAUCGUACAAUCAGGAACCGCUCGUACUUCCGCUACCCCGGUUUGCGGUGCAGGUGUUUCAGCAGAGUCGGCUCCACGCUUUACAGCAGCAACAGCAGACACCUUCGUCUGCGGGAGCAUCAGCCAGCGGUGGAAUGUCUGCCUCGUCGUCCUCAUCGUCAUCCUCAUCCUCUUCAUCUUCGUCGUCCGUUGAUCGGCAGACGGCAGCAAGUGGGAACAAUGCUGCCACUGCCGCCGCCGCUUCAUCCUCGACUGGCUCUUCGGCUUCUGGAGCGUUAUCCAGUGCGAACCAGAAUCACCCAUCAUCGUUUGCGUCCAAUUCUAGUCUGCAGAGCAAUAAUAGCGCCCUGUCCAGCCCACCGCCUGUUGGCAUAGCAUCAUCCAAGCUGACGACGCCGUUGCAAAUUAACACCAUGCAUGCAGCAGGGACGACAUCCGGGAGUAGCAGUUUUGGCAUGGCCGGAAACAGUGGAUUUUCGGUGUUGGACGCGGCAAACGAAAUGGUUCCAGCCAGUCCACCACCACGAGCUUCUUCUGUUAGCUCCACCUCCAGCGAUUCGAGUGAUCUUGGCCUUUCGCUUGACGAACGCAUCAAGACAUUGGAUGAGAAGUUCGAAAAGUGGUCCGGUAGCACACAAGCGGCUUCUGUUGGUCGGCUAGCCGUUGGCAACAGUGUCGCCGUCAGUAAUACCAGCGUUGCUGGAAGCGGCGUAAAUAGCAGUGGCAGUAUCAGUGGUAGCAGUUCGAAUGAUCUUCACUUCCUAAACGAUCGCCACCCCUAUUCCGCGAGCAGCAAAGGAUAUUCGAAUCAUCAUUCCUCCUCCUCUCUUCACCAUCACCACCAUCAGCAACAGCAGCAGCAGCAGCAGCAACAACAAUCGUUUAACAAUCAUAUUGCGGGAAGCAGCAGUUUGCUGAACCAUCACCACCAGCAUCACCAACCGGCUCACCAUCUGCAAUCACCACUGUCCGCUGGAUCAUCGUCUACCUCUUCCUCCUCCUUGGCGACCACGGGCUCGUCGUCUUACCGGCACAAGUUUCUUGAUCUCGACGUACAUGAACUUCCCCCUUCGGACAUCGUCAAGUCCGUUCUUUCGAAGAAAUCGAUCUUUGACGAAGAUCUCAAGCGGUUAGAAAAUAUCGACGACAAAUAUGAGCCUCGUGACUUUUCCAACUAUUCGAAAAACAGUGCCACUUUGGCUUCGGCUGCUUCGAUCGCUACUGUCCUGGGCAACAGCAUCACGGCUGCGAUCGGUGCUCCAGCAAUCGCCCCGCAAGGAGGAGCGACCCUGGGAUCUGUUUCACCCGUCAUAGUCAACAGUGUUGCGUCCUCGGCUAGUGCAUCUCCGGUGCAUCUGAAUUCUAUGAAAUCAGCAGCAGCAGCAGCAGCAGCAGCAUUAACGACGGUAACCACCGCUCAACAGCAAAAUCCAGCUGCUGGUGCGCCGGUUUCAACUGCAGUAAACACAACAGCUCCAACUUCUGCGACAACAACCGCUACAGAAGCAACAACAACAACCACAGCAGCAACUGCUACAGCUGCAGCAUCUGCAACAGCACCCAUCACCAUACCACGGGUUGGUGGCAGCAGCUCUUCAGUAUCACCUAUGAACAGCCCCCAGCCGUACAACAGUCCCAACCCGUCUGUAAAGUCUGGCCUUCAGUAUCCUUUUCCCAGUCAUCCACCGUUGGCUCAGCAAGCGCUAUCGCCGUCAUCUGGGUCUAGUGCUGUCACAACGACCACAGCAACAACCAGCACUAGUAGCAGUGGUGACAGCGCCACGAGCGUAACAGCGUCCCUGGAAGAUUCGCAGUCAACAACGACGGCUGAGGCGAACACAGUGGCAGUGAACAGUGCUGGCAAUGAUUCCAUCAGCUGCGCCAGCAGCAACGACAACGACUCAACAACAGCAGUUACGUCAUCCCCGUCCGUUAAUAAUAAUAGUAAAGAUAGCAGUAACAGUACGACAAAUGGUAGAAGUGCCGCUACUCCAGCUGCUGGUAUGGUUGCAGCUGGUUCAUCGACUAUUGCUACUACUAAUAAUAAUCACAAUGUGGCUAUCACAACAGUUGCUAAUGCUGCCGCCGCCACUGCACUAUUGUCGUCGUCGUCGUCGUCACCAUUAUCUUCGUUGUCGUCGUCAACCAGUAAACCAAAGACCAAUGUUUUAAAUAAAAGUAUUAGUUUAACGGAAAAAACAAGUACAAACGCUAGCGGUAACAACAAUAAUAAUUUAAUAAACAAUAGUGAUAAUCUAAAUAGUAGUAGCAGCAGCGGUGGUAGCAACGCUAGCACUGGUACUGGAUCUAGUGGUAACCAUCCGUCUUCGGCGACUGCGCUUGUAUCGUCGUCAGCAGCAACAGCAACGACCGUUGCGAGUCUACCACAAACGCAGACUCAGAAACAGUCCUCUUCUGUGUCGUCAGCAUCGUCAACCUCUUCUUCUUCGUCGUCGUCGUCGUCGUCAUCAUCAACAGCAGCAGCAGCAGAGUCGUCCAUUACUAGUAACUAUAAUGUGGUUGUGAAGAGUAGCAGUAGCAGCAGCAGCAGUAGCAGUAAUACUAAUGCAGUUGCGAACAGCGUACCGGGAAGUACAAACGUUGGUACGAUUAAGCUGGGCACGAGUGGCAAUGGUGAUGGAAGUGCACCACCAUCCCAUGAAGUAGUACCGCCUAUGCAUUCCAGUAGUAAUAGUGGAUCGCAGAGGGAGGAAUCCUCUAGCAACAAAACUACCAACAGCAGCGGCAGCAAACAUCACAAGGAUCGACGAAAACUAUCCACCGCGUCGUCUACCUCAUCGACAUCUUCGUCGAGUGUAGUAUCGUCUCCGAAUCCCGCCUCAGCUAGUUCCGCCAGUGGCUUGAAUGUAGCGGAUGAGCAGCCGGAAGAAGUGACGGCACCAUCAACUGCCUCGACAUCGUCAAAACAUUCGAACAAAUCGAGCAAGUCUAGCUCGCACAGCCACCACCAUCAUCAUCAUCAUCAUGGUGAGCAUAGUCACCGAAGUAGUGGUAGCCACCAUAACCACCACCAUCGUCAUCACAGUGAUAGCAUCAGCAGCAACAGCAGCAGUGGUAGUAACAGUGGGAAGCACUCCUACAAAGACCACGACCGUAAUCACGCGUCUGCUGGCAAUGAACACCCAGCUACUGGCGGUGGAUUGUCUGCCACGAACAGCAGCUACAGAGAUGAGUUCGAUCGUCUGAAGCAGGAAGCGGCCUCAGCGGCUGCAGCAGCAGCAGCAGCAGCAGCAGCUAACAAUGUUGAUCGUCACACACCAGGUGGACCGGUGAAGCGCAGGGACAAAGAUCGAGAGGAGCGACCUAGCAACGAUGAUGAGACGCGAAAAGGGAAAGAAGACGGUGGCAGCGCGCAUGUGGAACAUCGUGAAAAGGACAGCGAUCGUUUUGGCGGUGAAAAAGAUCGUAAAGACCAUCAUAAGCGAGGGGAUGACACCGUCAAAGAACACGAGAAAGAUCGUCGUAAUGCGAAAGCAAGCAGCGGGAUGUCGAACAACGAUUCCGAGCAAUCGAAAGAAUCAUUGGCACACAAAAAUCAUUCGCAGUACCAUCAGGACGAAUCUUCACACCAUCAUCACCAUCAUCGAGAACGGUCGUCGGAUAAGGAUCGUCGUGAUCGUGUUAACUCCACUGGCAGCGGUUCGCCAGUAAGAAGCUCGUCGAAACGACGUCUUAGUUCGCAGGACAGCGUAGAAUCAUCGUUGGAGGAAGCAACGUCGCUAAAAAAGAUACGUUCGAGCGCUACGCAGGAAGGGAGUUCCGCUGUUCCGAUGCUUUCGUCCGGUGGCAAUGGAUCGAAGAGUAGUGAAAGGCGAGAAUCGGGUAAAGAGAGCCGCCGGGAGAGCAGCAAAUACCAUCAUCACAAAAGUAGUAGCCGAACGGUGGAGGGGGGUGGCACGGCUAGCGGAGGUAGCCAUAACCACCGUUCAGAAAAGAUCUCAUCCAAAUCCGGCGGAGCUAGUAGUGGUGGUAAUGUUACUGCGGUUGCACCAGUCCCUGCGACAACCGUGAACAAUAUUGGCUCCAUGGAGAAAGGACCUUCGGCUAAGCACACAGAAAAUCAUGUGAUCGAGAAACAACAGGCUUACUUGCUGGAGGAGCGUCGCAAAGAGAUCAUGCUAGCAAAUGAAGAUCACCAUCAUCAGAUUGGUGCUGCUGCUGCUGCUGCUGCUGCUGCUGCUGCAGGUGGAGCAAUCGCUAGUUCAGGCGUUGGCAAUAUUGGCAGCAGUGGCGGUGUAUCCCAUCACCAUAAGCGCAAGGAACGGUAUCACGAUAAGCACAAGUCGAAGAAAAAUCGCGAUCCUUCUCGUGACAAGGAAAACACCCUGAAUGCAAACUUCCCUGCCGAUAGCUAUGGCGAAAAUCGAUCCACCAGCGACGAAGAAGAACAGAGCAGGAUACGCUACAAAAAGGAGCGGAAAGAGUUACAGGAGUUUGCGAAACAGCGCCAUCAUAGUUCCGGCGGUGGCAGCACUGGCAUUGGACUGGAUGGCAUAGACUACAAGCUGGCUGUCAAUAAGCUAAACUGCGGUAGCAGCGGUGCUGGCAGAGUGGAUCGCAAAUCUUCACAGCCCGUAAGCCGGGCAGAAUCUUCUGCCGAAGAGGGGCGGGAGAAGAAAAAAUGUCGAUCGAACAGUAGUCGUAAGGCGAACAGCUCUGAUACGGAUGAUUCGGAUGAACCGAAGAAGCAUUCAAUCUUCGACAUUCCCGACGACGGACCGAAUAUAUCCAUGUACGACAAAGUGAAGGCUCGGUCGUGCAAAAAUAUGCAGAAACAGGAGGAGGAAAAGAAAAUCAAAGCCAAGUUUUCCCAGCUUAAGCAAUGUAGAGCAAAGCGGGAGGGUAAAAACCGAUCCAAAAGCUGGGAGGAAGGCGACGAUUCCGAUUCCGACGCGAUGCACUCCGACACGACGAUUAACAGCAAGUACAAUCACAAGGACCCUAACAAGAGUGGCAUGGUAACAACGACCGACGACGAAGAUCACGCGUCGACGACACCCCGAUCGCGACGCAAUUUCAAGGGUUCGUCGCUGGCUUCCGAUUCGGACGACGGUCCUGACCAUCCGAACCAUCAGCGCACGGCGAUCUUUAAUCGCGAUCGGUUAAACGAUCUGUGCGAUGAUGAGAGCAGCGAAGGUGGUGGAAAUUUGAUGCUCCACAGUGUGGGAGGUGGUGAUGGGCGCGAUAAGGUGAACCGUGACCGUGAUCAUCGGCAACAGAAACAGGAUUACCACGAGAAGAAUGCUCGGCGCAGUUCCGGGGAAGAGAAGAAGUCAUCUCGCAAGAAUUCUCGUUCGACGCGUAUACAAUCAGACACGGAAACGGACGAUGAAGCGAUAUCGCGUGACAGAUCCAAGAUGAAGGUAUCGACGGGCGUCGGUCGGUUGGAGAGUAGCAUGAUUUCGGAUGCUGAGUUCAACCACAUCAACGAUAACAUUGGACGAAUGUUUGCUAGCAGUUCGGAAACCAAUGAACAGGACGUUAAAAUCAAAAAGGAAGUUAAGAGCGAGGAUGAGUGCGUAAUGGAUGGUGGAAGCAAGAAGGGGGGCAGCACCAACGUUCCAAUAUCGCUGCCGGCUGCUGUAAAUCUUGGCGAUGGCUUGAAACAAGCCAUGGUAGGCGAAGAUCGUAAACCAUCCUCUUUCGCUCUUAUCGCCAGCGAUAUAUCGGACGAUGAUUUGGUGAAAACGGUAGUGAAAUCGGAGUAUCCGCCACACAACUCCAUUUCGUCCCUGCCAGUAGUAGCACCUACAACCGCAUUAAUUUCAUCGAUCAAACGCGAGCCGAUCGAAGGUUUGAACUCGUACAAGUCAUCCCAGGAACGCCAACAACAGUUGUGCGAUCAAUCCGGCUCGGAUGGUGCUGACUUAAUGCAUCAAAUGACAUCCAAAGCUGACACGACCCAAACCGAGUCAAAGAAGAGACACAAGAAAAAGCAAAAGCGCAACAAAGGUGGUCUGGACGGAAGCGGAAGUUACGAGCAGCAGCUGGAGAAAGAAAUGCCUGCAGCAGCAACGCUCAAAACCGCCGACGUGCGUGGUGGUGGUGACACCGAAACGAUUGUGGCUACUGCUAUGGCUCAGUUUAACUCCACACCAUCGGCAGUUGGAGCUGAUAGUCUUAACAGUAGUAGCAAUGUUUCACUGAUGGGUCUCUCUGCUGGCGGCGGCAUCAGUCAUCAGCAGCAAACAUCGAACGUUGCUACCUCUAUCCCGGCGCAACCGAGUGAAGAUUCGAAGAAAUCAGCGAGCGAAGACCAUCACUCGUCUUCGUACAACAAGAAAAAGCACAGCAGUGGAAAGAAGGAGAAGCGCCGCGAUCGGUCGAAAGAAGAUCACGAGAAAUCAACAUCCUCCUCGUCGAGCCGUUCGAAAAAAUCGAAAAAUCGCCACAAGGAAGGUGGAAGCGGCGGUGUUAUUACCCUUGGAGGCAGCGGUGUGCCUAGCAAUGUCGGUGGGAAUGGUUCAGGUAGCGCCAACAGCAAAUUCCUCGAUAUGGAACUGUUUGGCCCGAUAUCGGACGAGGAGUCGCAACACUCGUCCGUGGAAACGGAAGCAUCCCACGGUAAGCAAGGUUCUGUUGAACCGGAUGAGGCCAAGGAGGAGGAUGUACUCCACCAAACGGCGGAACAUAAGGACCGAGGAGCUGUCGGAGCGGACGGAGGGCUACCAAUGUUGAUGGGCGAGCUUUCCAGCACCAUCGCGGAUAGUCAACAAACCGGUAGUGGCAAGCAGGAGUUAACUUCUACCUCGACGCUACCGGGCGCCACAUCAGCUGCUGAUUCAUUCACUGACAAGGAGGCGCGCAAGCGCAGCAAAGAGAAGAAACGGCGUGAUCGUGAAAAAUUGCGUGUCUCGAUGGCGAUGCUUAAAGAUGACGAAAACAGUGUUGAUUUGGAUGAAGCUGGUAGAGCGCUGGAGGCGCAGCUGAUGAGUGAUACCGAUCAGAAGGUGGAAGAAGUGUCGCCGGCAUCUACUAUUGCCAGCGCCUCUCUCAGCGGAAAGCGAUCCUCGGUCGAUGUGUUGGACGUUUUUCGUUACACGGAUGGCGAUGGCGAUGACAGUAUGGAGACGGCAUCGUACGGAGAAAAGAAGGACGUUGCAUCAGCUUCGUCAAUGGAGCACAACCGCAAAGAUAAGAAGAAGAAAAAGAAACGCGGAAAAGAGGACAAACACAAACAUCAUCACAAUAGCUCCAGCUCGCUAGGUAGUGGCAUUAAUACGUCUGCAAGCAAUGCAAUGGGUAACAGUAUUGCACACAGCAGCGGGUCUACGCUAGCGCCGCUAGCUGACGGAAGUAGCAGCGUGUCUCACAGCUCUACCUUCGGAAGUAGCAAUAAUGGCAACCAAGCGAACAGUCACUCCAAACCACAACCUUCCACAACGACACCUGUCACGCCGUCGAUCAACAAACUGUCGCUCGAUAUCAUUUCUGCUCAGCAGGAUGAUUUGAAACAUAACUUCAGCAAACCGUCGCCGAGUUUGCCCUGUCUGCUGGACGAAAGUCCACCGCCGUCCAACAAACAGCAGCUGACAGCGCAAAUGAAUGCUCGCGAGUCCACGACCACCGCCGGCACAGGAAGCUCCGAUGAGCGAAUAACAUCAUCCUCGCCCUUGCCCGUUCUUACCGAGGCUAAGCGGGAAGCUACUUGCUCUACGCCAACAUACGAGAUGGAAAAGGCAUCGGUGGCCCAGAAAUCACAAGACAUGCCGGACGACAAAUCGAGCUCUUUUGUAGGCGGCACUAAGCACAAGUUUGAACAGGCGGAUAGUAAAACACAACCACUUCCAGUACCGCCAUUCGGAUACGACCUCGACGAACAAUUGCACGAAAAAGCAGUAAUGUCUAUUUCGGGCGAAUUCACCGAUAAGCUAGGCAAAUCGGAUAAAGCAAGUACGCUGGUGGAAGGUAAGGAAGUCGAGCUGAAGCAGCACGCGCACGAGAAGCAGAAACCGGACGAGUCAAAGUUGCUGCUCAUCGAAGAAAAAUCACGCGUAGUGAUCUCGCAGGAGGAAACGGAAGAUGCGGUAGCGGCAUUGCUGGGAGAGAGUUUCGGCACUUCCAACACGCCCGAUUUCUCCGACAUGUACAGCGAUCCGGUUGAGGAAGAGCAGUUGUCUUCUCAGUUGCACGUCGAAGACGAGCCGCCCCAGAUACCGGAGGAGGACGACGAAGAGAUGAAGAAGGCAAUCAUGAGCCUGAAUGCGGAAGAGCUGGACAUGAAGCAGGCGGACACGCCGCAAUCGGAGCAUGAUCUACAGAUUGACACCGACACUGAGGACGCGAACCUAGAGGACGAUCAUGCGUCCAGCUUGCUACGGUUCGAUAAUCCACCAAAAACACCCGAUGUUGAUUUGAGUCAGAUUGGCAAACCUUUGAUCGAAGGCUCGCAGCCGAGUAAAGUGGGCGAGAGCCCAACGGCAACGACGGCUGCUGCUGCGGCGACUGCGGAAAGCAACAGUGCUGGAAGCAAUGCAACGAAAAGGGACGAUUCGAGUGGGAAGUUGGAAAUGCCCGCUACGCCGGGUAAGAAUGUGGCGAUGGCUAGUGAUUCGCCAUCGCAAGCCAGCUCGGACGAAGCAUCUGCUCCUCCUUCGGCGGUCAAACUCGUCAGUGCACGUCCUCCGACAUCAAGAACAUCAGCACCCAUACUGGAAUCAGCGAAAGUAAGCGCUUCUUCCAAGGGACAGUCGGUUGUGCCUGACGGUGUGUUUUCGGUCAAUCUACAAAAUCAGAAAAUCAUUAUACCAACGACGACAUCGACGUCUCCGAGUGCUAAGGAGCGAUCAAUCGUGUCCUCUGUUUCGAACACAGUGGAUGCGAAAUCUAAGGCCAUUGGUGUUGAAUCCAGUUCAACGACAACAACGACAACAACAACCACGUCGGUGUCAGUACCAUCGUCAACGAAUCAGUCGGCAAUUAAACUACACACAUCAAGUCCAACCACUCCCCAAAGUCCGCGGUCGAUCAGUGCCGGAUCUCAACCAUCAGUAUCCCCAGUCACUGGACUUGCAUCGGCAGCUAGCUUACGCCACCAGUACGUUGUGCAAACGCCACCGACAAUCACUAUUCCGGAGCAGCAACCGGUCAUCUAUCAUCCCGCGUCAACAUCCGCGGAUGCUACUCCUCGAGGAGUCGGCCCACCAGCAGCAACAUUGAACAGCGGUGGUAGCAGUGUGCAAUCGCCAAAACAACUGCACAUCGCUCCACACUCUCCAUUUGCACGCACAUCAUCGCCGACUGCAGUGCGGCAAGCGGCAAAUAGUGGCAACCGUCAGUCACCGCAGCUUAGUCCUAUCAUGCAGUCGGGAAGCAGUCCCCAGGCGAUGAUUAUUCACCAUGGUGGACACAUGGUAGUACAUUCACCUAAUGCUUCCCAAGUACCGGGCGGUUCGCCGAUUGGACAAGGAGGUUUCCUAUCUCAAAAAUCGGUAACACCGGUGACGGUGCCAGGAGCUGGACAUCAGUAUCCACAUCAUCAUCUGUUGCAGCACCAUUCCUCACCGGGAUCGCGAAUGCCCUUAGCGGCAGGAGGACAGCUGAAAACCGUAGCUAUGGCAGGAGGAUCGACGAAACCGAUCGAGCAACAUCCGAUCAAAGCACAGUUCGGCAGUGGUGGUAGCCCUGGCACAACAAUGCAAAGAAUCAUUACGGCCAGUGCAGCACCAGGCUCUCCGUCGGCCAUGUCCGCAGUGGGAUUAGACUCCACUCCUACCAAAUCCAACAUCGUGGUAAACGCAACGAGCAUCAGCUCAACGGCAUCAAUAUCACAUACGACUGGCAAAUCGAUAGACACUUCGCCUAAAACUACGCCAACGGUAGUUGUGGCAUCGUCCACGCUGGGCGGAACACCGAUUAAGACAAACACGGUUGUGACACACCCGCCACUAAACAUAACAUCAGUAACGCUUGCUCAGCAAACUAGGCAGCAGUCGUCAAUGACUGUCACUGCAGCUAAAGGUACGGCACAGGCUCAAUCCGCAACAACUGCUGGAGCGUACCAAAAAUCAUUUGGAGAGCAAAGCACGGCCAGCAGCAAUACGGUGGCCAAGGGAAAACCGUCGGAUAUCAAAACGAGUCCGUUGUAUGGAGCUGCCAAUAAUGCAAUAUCAACAAUAACAUCCAAUCCUAACCAUCAACCAAUGACACCAAUCACGUCGGAACCGGCGAGCGCCAAAUCGUUGUUCGCCUCCGAUGAGUUGUUGAAAGGAUCGGCAGCUAUCAGUACACUUUCGGCGGAUCAAAUCAAAUUCGAGUCGGAAAGGAAGGAGAGCUUGGACGAGAAAAAAUCCGGCGACCCGAUGCCAGCCUUGGACGAUUCGAAACCACCGUCGUCGUCAUCAUCGGCGCUGGUGGCAACUGCUGUUAACGUGGAUGAUCAGGAAACCGAUUCGAAGGAGGACAGCGAUUGUUGGUCUGCAAAGGAGAUCAACAUCGAUUCUGUCAUCAAGAAAGUCGACGCGCUGUGCUCGGAAGAUGAUUCAUCCUCUUCGCAACCGAUUGCUACGGUUGGUGCAGCAGUGAGCAAUACCGGUGCUAUCGAUACGGCGGCUUCCACGAUCGAGAUGGUGGCCAAAGGCGGUGGCGAAGAUAUUACCCUCAAAACGCCAUCGAUUCAUCAGGAAGACUCUAAGGCCGAUUCUGUGGACAAGGGAGAUGCUGCAGGAGAAUACAACAAGACGUCGGACGUGGUUUCGGCGAAGUCCGUUGUUUCAGCUGAAGACCAACGUUCCCAUGCGGCUGAGGAUGAGGAAGCUGACGAGGCAGCAACCGGCGAAGUAUCGGAGAAGGAAAAUGUUGCCCGUGGCAGCAGCACUGGCAAGCGUGGUGGACGACCUCGCGGAGGACGUAAAACAUCGGAAAGCGGUCACAGCACUGUUGCUGGUGGUGAAAAAGCCGGCGGUCUCGUUGGGGCCGACCAAACGGUGCUUGAAACAGGCAUUCAAACUCGAACCAGAGGUGGAAAAGCUCCUGGCGGAAAACGUGGUCGUGGUGGGCGGGGUGGCGGUGCGCGUGGAGGUGGUACAGCUGGAAUGGUAAAUGUAUCACAAUCGGUAACCACUCCGCUAACGACGACAACACUGACUCCAGGAACACCUCGGCCCGUUGGUGGAGCAAAGGCAGGAAUGCAUAUGGGCGGUGGGUCGUCCGAUGUCUAUGAGUUCCACGAUGAUUCAGGGGAGGAUGUUUCCAGCUCGGACAAGAUGUUGCCUGGCGCCGGACCGGAUGGUGCUCGCCCACGGUUGAUUUUGACCAUCAAAAAUCAGGCUGCCGUUACAACGGCAACACCAACCGUUGUCACUAGCAGUGCUCCGGCAACAGUGAUAGCUACAACUGCUGCGAUCACGACUAGCUCUAGCAGUCCUGCAGCAACGCCUUCGGUAGUGGCCACGACAGUCAACACCAGUGUGGCUGCAAACACGGAACCAUCCGCUUCCUCUACGAUCACUUCCACCGUGGCACAACAGCAGGCAACUAUGUCCACAAACGCGCCUUUGCUGGCACAAAAACCGCAAAAACUGCAGCAACCUCCACAACCGCAUCUGCAAGCACAGCAACAAUCGCAGCAGCAGCAGCAACUGCAGUCCUUACAACCAACACCGCAAUUAUCGCAAGCUUCCGACGAACCUCACGGUUUGUCGAACGCGACGGACGUUGUCGGCAAGGAACCGAAGGAGGAGCAGCAGGCCUCGAUGGCUGUGAAUGCGGUCGGUAUUCUAUCGGCGGCAGCAGUAGCUGCGGCAGCGAAUACAAGGAAGUCGAAGCGACUUUUGGAGAAGGAUGGACGCAGCACCAUCGACGACAUCAUCGAAGAUGUGAUUCGCAACGGACCUUCGCCGAAGGUUGCUGGUGCUGGCGUUGGGUUGCAACAGCAGCCACUGCCGCCACCAAACCAGUCCGGCGUCGUACUAGUACCGAAUGCGCAACAACCACAGAGCAUGGCUCCGCUUGGCCUGCAACAUCAGCAGCAACCGGCAUCGACCAUUCUAACGGCCAACCAAGCGGUCGGUUUGGUGCAGCAGCAACAGCCACAGGUGGUACUACAGCAGCAGCAGCAGCAUAUUGUUGGUGCAGGUGCUAUUGGCGAUCAACAGCAGCCAGGCGUUCAUACGACGCGUCGCACCACUCGCCAGAAUGCAACGACUUUGAAUACACCGACAGCUGGGUCAGCCGAUAUGCGUAAAUCACCGCGCAGCACUCGUAAGGGUAAGGACCGUAAAAUUUCCGAAACAUCUACGGAUAGCAGUGACGAGAAGCCCCAGCAAGUGGCACCGUCAUCUAUGGCGGGAAGUACGGUUAGCAUGAAGCUAAGCCAGGCGGAUGCUAAGGUGUCGGACGAUAAGCAAGUCGUUGGUUCACUGUCCGCCACAACGCCUGUAACGCCCAGCAUGCAGGUCUCACGUCCGAACGAGACAGCAUCGUUGGCGGAUAAAGCAAAGUCGGAAAAACUGAAAUCGACGGACGAGGCGAAGGCACCUACCGAAAUUGGAAACGUUUCGCAACCCAACUCACUCACCCUGAUCGAUCCGGUAACGGGGGAGAUGGCAGUGGUGCGCCACAGUAAGGAAGGCCAGUACGUACCGAUGCCGAAUGCACCGCAGCCCCUGAAGAAGGUGAUUGCGGCUGCUGCAGCAGCGGAACAGCUGAAGUCGGCUGGCAAUGUAUCUCCUUCGUCACCGGUUCCGAUGAGCAAUAGUAGUAGUUCGCCAACAGCACCGAACCGUAUCGCUUCGGUGCCUUGUUCAGUUUCAUCGCCCACGUCUUCGGCUUCGGGAAUGUUGCUUACAACGAACAAGCCGACUACGGUUGUAUCAUCACCUCAACAACUGCAACCUAUUGUCGCGGCCAAACCGCAUACCUUGAAGUCGCAUGUUCUUAACUCUCAACAAGCGUUGCAACAGCAACAACAACACCAACAAGUUGUUAUCAAACCAGGACAGCAGCCGCCCCAAUCGGGUGUGUUGACGACGCAACAACAACAGAGCACAACGUUUGUGCCGUCCGGUCAAAUGGUUGGCGGGAAGACGAUUCAUCCCACAACGACGUCGGCUGCUCCGUUGAAGCUGACAACGCAACCCAUAACGUCUACGGCGCAUGGUCAGCCGCAACAGAUUAUAAUACACAAUGCUGUUGCGGGUCAACCGCAGCCGCACGCAAUGGGCAAGCAAACCAGCAGCAGCAUUGCCGGAAAAUCACCAGCAGGCACAAUGCUGCAGCAGCCGCCAGGUCCUGGUGGGACGGGUAGUAGCAACAUACAGUUGCAUCAACACACCGGCACUGGCAACCUGCUAAUCAACAUACCAUCGAACAUGCAUUCGGCAACCGCCGUGCAAAUGUCCCCACGCUUGCAACAACAGCAGCAACAGCAGCAGCAGCAGCAAAUGGUGAUCGCCAACGCGAAGCAACUACCAGGCCAAGCUACACAGCAUCAGCAACAACACAAGCUUCAUGUAGUUCAGGCAGCUGGUGCACCCGGCACUGCACCGCAGCAAAUCAUAAUUCAUCGUGGAAAGCCCGGUACGGAAGGCACCGGAACGGUGCAGCAAAUACCCGUAGGCUACACAACCGUCCUUCAAAGUGGUAGCAAAAUAAUCCAACAGUCUGCAUCGGCCGUCCCUGGCCAGCAGGGACCGGCGGCGGGUGGCACUGGUCCGAUUGUAACGCAAGUGCAGCAGCACAUACUGAGCAAGCAUCCAACCACCGGCCAAACGAUACAGAUUGCUACCACGGGCGGUGGACCUCCGGGAAUACCGGUACACUACCAAACGGUACAGCCCCCAGGCCAACCGACGAUCGUACACAAAGGCUCAAUCGCCACCGUGCAGCAUAAGCUCAUGCAGCAAGCAUCGGCCCAACAGCAGUCGCAGGUGCAGCAGCAGCACAAGGCAGUAGUCGAUGGAGCACCCAUCGGUUUGCACACGAUCGCAGGCAAAACAUCGAUCCUCCAUCAGGUGCCCACGGCGGGCGGAAAGAUUGUGCAGAUCCAGUCCGCACAGCAACAGCAGCAGCAGCAAACGGUGAAUGCGCCGGGUUCAGUAGUAGCACCGGGACUCGGUCUCCAGCAGCAUCCACAACUACAACCCGUCGGUCUAUCGAAGCUGGCAAACCAUCAUGUAUCGACACCGUCGCCACCAGCUCAACAGCAGCAGCAGCAGCAGCAGCAGCAACCGCAGCAACCACCGACGAAGGGCAUGUCUCCGCUGCUCCAUCAGGCACCACAGAUACUGACCGGUGCCGUUGCAAGUCCUCCAUUGAAGCAAUCUCAUCUGCAAGGCCAACAGCCAAUUGUUGCGGGUGCGAGCAGUACACGCGUUGCUCUGCCAACGAUAAGCCCGCAGGGCCAGUCGGGACAUCCGCAAAUGCCACAGGGAACCAUUCAGCGGCAUAUUCUCGCGACGCCAGGAGCGAUCUACGAAGCUGCUAACUUGCGUGGCGAUAUGACUGGGUUCAUCAAUCGCGGGCAGAGUCCUCCGCCGGCACAUCAGCAAACAUCUCCUAUCACUCCGGUUCAUGGCCCAGAUGGUGGAUUCCGUGGCGGUAUGCCGAGGGACUAUGUCAAGUACAUGUACCGUAGCAACAUCUCGAUACCAAGUAGGUCUCCCAUGAGAGAGAUGGAACUGGAUGAAACGGUCGCUGCCAGUCCACCGCUAGAGCUGCGUCGUCCAUCGAGCGGACCUCGAACAACGGCCGUCCCGCUGAGUCUGCAAAGUCCUGGUGAUCGUGUAACCGAUUCGCCACAAGGAGCCCAGGUGUACAUGGGAAGUGCGCGUAUACCGCAUCCCUAUCCUGAUUCGUUGAACGCGCGCUACUACGAACCAACGAUCGGUGGCCCGAACGGAGGCAACGGAGGACCGAGAGCGCUGAGCACGGAGCCACCACCAGCGCACCGUCCGCAUAACCUGUCGACCGCCGGCUACGCUGGUGCUUCGUACGCGGUCACACCGAGUCCAACGCCACCGCCAUCGGCUUCCCCCGCAACCAUGCUGCACAUGCAGCGCGAACGGGAUCAACAACAGCAGCAACAAGUGGCCGCCGCCGCCGCAGCGGCUGCUCUUGUGCAAACCGCCACCGGUCAGCGGUUGGCGGGAGAACGGGGUACGGCCCAGGUGCAGCCAGGCAGCGGAUACUACUAUCGCAGCGAGGUUGUGGAACACGAAAUGUCCGACCAGCAGCUGCAUCCCGUAGCGCUCGGUCACGGUUCGUCCGCGGCAUCCGCACCCUUACCAGCUCACACUGGUGGCAUGCUGCCGGCGAUGGCGACACCACACGCCGUUGCGAUUGGCGGACGCAGCAUACAGGUGGCCACUCCACCGAUCAUCGGCGGUGGUGGUAGUGGCGGCAGUAGUGUUGUGGUUGCGUCUAUGAGCGGAAGCGGUGCUAGUGGCAGCGUAUCGCCAAUGGUUUCGGUCGUUCCGACGCCGCCCCCUGUUCAGAAAGAUUCGCUGGACGCGUUGCUGCAGCGAUAUCCGGUGAUGUGGCAGGGACUGCUGGCACUGAAGAACGAUCAUGCCGCCGUACAGAUGCACUUCGUGUACGGCAAUCCGAACGUGGCGGGAAGCUCGCUGCCAAGCAACAGCGAUGGAUCGACGCCUCCGUUGCGCAUCGCUCAAAGGAUGCGCCUGGAACCGGCGCAGAUCGACGGAGUUGCUAGGAAGAUGCAGAUGGUCAACGAACACUGCAUGCUGUUAGCGUUGCCGUGCGGUCGCGAUCGUAUGGAUGUGCUGCAGCAGCAGAACAAUCUGCAGACCGGCUUCAUCACCUACCUGCAGCAGAAGCAGGCCGCCGGUAUCGUCAACAUAGCGGCCCCGGGCAGUGCACAGGCGGCGUACGUUGUACAUAUAUUCCCGUCGUGCGAGUUUGCCAACGAAAAUCUGGCCCGCAUUGCGCCGGACCUGAUGCACCGGGUGGCAAACAUUCAGUACCUGCUAAUCGUGAUUGCAACGGUGUAAGAAGACGAAGAAGCAAACAAAAUAAUCGCAUUAGUAUAUUUUUUUGUAUACUGGCAAAGUGCAUGUCCAAACGAAACAAAACAAAGCAAAACAAGCAAGCAAAGGCAAACAAACAAUAACACACACACAACACCGGUUUGUGAGAAGAACAAUACAUGAAAAUGAAUAUUUACAAAAAAAGAAAACAAAAGAAAACAUCACGUGCCCCCGGUUACAAAGAGAAGAAGAUUUAAACUGGUUUUAAGAAGCAUUUCUACCGAGAGCUGUAAGCUGUGUGUUCAAGCGAAGAAAAAAAAAAGAGUCGUAGCGGAGAUAAUAUUAAAACUAAAAGCAAGUAGAACUCCCGUUUGCGCAACUGAUGUGAUUUACGCAUAAUAUGUAUUGAGUAUUAGCUCCUGCUAGCAAAAUCUGCGCCCACCAUCAAUCAAGUCCUAAAGCGCCAACACUUGCAGAAGAAGCUACCCCACACCAAUAAGGAGCACUCUCACUGUGUGCUGUUCUACCACAAAAGUAACCUUCAAAUGGAGCACACUAACGGAUCGAGUUAAACAACACCCUUCAUUAGGAGGCUAUUCAAUUGAAUGUGCAGAUUUAUUGGCUGUUUCACUGUAAAUCGUGGUUUUAAAAUAUUUUACCUAUUUGAGGCAAUAGGAACACCGGAACACUGGCAGGCGGCAUGGGGGGAUGUGUUGUGCGCUAGCUUGAAAGUAGGACGACGACAGACGGGAGAAGAAAUCAUUAGUGGCGCGCGCCGUUCACCGUGCCUAGCUUAACAAUGAUGAUAUAUGCAACCCACCAUAAACCACUGAGGGUGCGCGCACUUGCUCUUAAAGUGUGACCAUUUUUAACCACAAACAUACCACUAGUGAAAGAGGGGGGAUAAAAGCGCCCCAUUAGCACGAAGACGACGAUAACGAUGUUGACGACGUCGAUCACACAGAAGAGGACAAAAACCCCCAUCUUCGAUAUGCGUGUAGAAGCAUUCGAAGAACGAUGAUGAUGACGACGACAAUGAUGAUGAUGAUGAGGAUGAUGUUGGUAAUAUAAAUUAAUGUUAAAAGCAAAAAAUACGCGCUCAUACACCAACAAACUACUGCAACAACUGUGAGAGGGAGGAGGGGGUUGUAUUGGUUGGUUGGUUGGUUGGUUGAGAAUGAAGCCGGACCGGAAAAAAGUAAAAGCAAAGUAGUAUUUUAAGGAAGCAACAAAUAAACUUUAAAUCGCAAUGUACAUACAGUAGUAGUGGUAGGGCAAAGGAGGUCAAGCAAAACAAAAAUCGCAUUGAUAAUAUGUAGUUGUGUAAGGUACGGAUAUAAAAGAAUCAGCAAACAUGUUGUGUAUUUCGUUUGAUUGUGGUGCGAAAGAUGCAGAAGGAGGGAAGAGACUAGGUGUGUGUGUGUGAGGGUUGUGUAUAAGGCGCAAGGUGGGCCGAGAACUUGGAGCAUCAAGCGAGACAGUUAAAGUUUUGUGUUUUUUUCCUUCUGCAUCUUUCCUACACGAUCGUGUGAUCGAAAGUUGUAUAAACUGAACACACACUCACACACACAAACACACACACACAGAUACAUUAUUAGUAAUGUUAUUAAUCGCAGAACUACGAUCGGAUUGCAGUUAACAGAAACACACACAAGCUCACAUACAUACAUACAUACAUACAUACAUACAUACAUACAUACAUACACGAUACAGACAACCGCACACCACAUACUACACUGCAAACGGUUAUAUGAUAUGCAUAGGCAUAGGGAGGAAGGAGGAAUGAUGCCCCCAUCAUUCGCAUUACAAGCGAAACACUGUGCGGUCCCCGUGGUGUGUGUGUUCCCGUUUGCUGCAACAGCUGCACUUUUGCAACAUGGUGUGUUAGUGUGAAAGAGUAAUGUAAAAAGCAAACACAUGGGCGGCGGCACGCACGGACCGCGCCAGGAGUAUCGAUUUGAUCGUAGCGUAAAUAUUCAGACACACACACACAGACACACACACACACACUAUGUAAUAUUUAGACAGACUUAAGCUUAGAAGAAGGGGAAGAGGUGACGAUUGCACGAUAAAAACACCUCUACAGAGGAAAGUUAAAAUCGUUCGGCGUGUGUGUGCGUGCGCGCGCGAUCUACGACGACACGCGAUCAUCCCCUCAACGCUACUACUUUAACUACACCACCAUAACACGUGUUGUCGCUGUUGUGUGCGUGGUGUGUAGAAGAGGAUUGUUUUAUUUCUUUUUCACGCAAAAUCACUUGUAUCCCUUAUGGUUUUUUUUUUACUCUCGUUAUAAUUAUUACCCGGUCCCCGACUCCCCUCCCAUUUUUUUUGUUUGUUUGUUUUGCGAUACGUGUAAGUACUCUCUUUCGUAUGAUUAGAAAACAAACAGAGGAAACAAACUCGCUGUACAUAUAAACUCUAAACGAAACGAAAUGAGAUAAAUAAAAUCCGAACCCACAAAAAUAAAACUUAACAUCAGGUGCGAUUCAA